AUGGCUGCCACCGCCAUCGCCAACGUCUCCUCCCUCUCCAAACCUUCCUCUCCCUCCACCUCCAAAUGCCCUUUUCCUCAGAAACCCAAUCUCUUCCUUCCCCCAACCUCCAAACCCCUCCAUAAACCCUUUUCCGCCGCCGCCGCGGCUCGGAGCCUCUCCCGUGCCAUCUCGGCUUCUCCCCGGAGCGGAGAUUUCCCCGUUGGAGACGGCGCAGAUGACGACCACUGCUACUACGACGAACUCGACGACAAGCCCCGCGAGGAGUGCGGUGUGGUGGGCGUCUACGGCGACCCUGAAGCUUCCCGGCUCUGCUAUCUGGGCCUCCACGCCCUCCAGCAUCGCGGCCAGGAAGGCGCCGGCAUCGUAGCGGUAAAGGACAAGGUAUUUCAGUCUGUUACUGGUGUUGGGUUGGUCACCGAUGUGUUUAACGAGUCCAAAAUCAAUCAAUUGCCCGGCGAUUUGGCCAUCGGGCAUGUUAGGUAUUCCACCGCCGGAGCUUCCAUGUUGAAAAAUGUGCAGCCUUUUGUCGCCGGGUAUCGAUUCGGGUUUGUUGGGGUUGCGCACAAUGGUAAUCUGGUGAAUUACAGGAAACUGCGAGCGGAGCUGGAAGAUAGUGGUUCGAUUUUCAACACUAGCUCUGAUACUGAAGCGGUUCUGCAUUUGAUUGCUAUCUCCAAGGCGAGGCCCUUCAUUGCCAGAAUCGUCGACGCUUGCGAGAAGCUCGAAGGAGCUUAUUCCAUGGUUUUUGUGACGGAGGAUAAGCUGGUUGCUGUUAGGGAUCCUUAUGGGUUUAGGCCAUUGGUAAUGGGGAGGAAAAGCAAUGGCGCUGUGGUGUUUGCUUCUGAAACUUGCGCUCUCGAUUUGAUAGAUGCCACAUACGAGAGGGAAGUGAAUCCGGGAGAGGUUGUAGUUGUGGACCAUGAAGGGAUCACAUCGCUCUGCCUUUUGGGUCAUCGCGAGCCGAAGCAGUGCAUAUUCGAGCACAUCUACUUUUCCCUGCCGCAGUCUGUAGUGUAUGGAAGGUCUGUCUACGAGUCCAGGCGCCAGUUCGGAGAGAUACUCGCCACAGAAUCGGGGGUCGAUUGUGACGUGGUGAUUGCAGUUCCGGAUUCUGGAGUCGUGGCUGCUCUGGGCUAUGCAGCGAAAGCAGGGGUGCCAUUUCAGCAGGGCUUGAUUCGGUCACAUUACGUUGGCAGGACAUUCAUCGAGCCGUCUCAGAAGAUCAGGGAUUUCGGGGUGAAGCUGAAGCUUUCCCCGGUGAAGCAGAUACUGGAAGGGAAGAGGGUUGUGGUGGUGGACGAUUCGAUCGUGAGAGGGACGACUUCAUCGAAGAUUGUUAGGAUGCUCAAGGAAGCUGGAGCUAAGGAAGUCCACAUGAGGAUCGCUAGCCCCCCCAUGAUUGCUUCGUGUUACUACGGUGUUGAUACUGCUAGCCCUGAGGAGUUGAUAUCUAACAGGAUGAGCGUGGAGGAGAUCAGGGAUUACAUUGGGUGUGAUUCGUUGGCGUUUUUGGAGUUCGAUAGCUUGAAGAAGAUGCUGGGGCAGGAUUCGCCUGACUUCUGUUACGCUUGUUUCUCAGGGAACUACCCUGUGCUGCCUAAGGAAGUGAUAGUGAAGCGAGUUGGGGAUUUUGUGGAUGAUGGUUUGAGUGGUAGCAUUGAUAGCAUUCAAGGUGGGUGGGUUCAAGGUCCGCCGGUCGACGAUGACAGCGAGUUGGUGGCUCCAUUAGCCGGUUAA